UUUUUUUUUUUGCUUUUGGUAUGUUUGUUUUCUCCCCUCAUGUAACUGAGAGGAAGGAAAGGAAGAAAGAGAAGUAACUAACUCAAAUGUGCCUCACUCGGUUGUGGCUGGGGCUAGGGGAUUUGGUUUGGAGGAUCUAAUUUCUGGUCAGUGGCAGCAAAAGGAACAGGAAAGGCAGGCAGACACACACACACGGACAUGUCCAUCUCAGCAGCAGGCUGUUGGCUGGUUCUCUGCCUUUUCAUCGCUGACAAACAGUUAUCACUACAAAUCUCUCCCGCCUGUGAGAGUGAGCAACACUAUGAGUAUUCUGGACGGUGCUGCACAAAGUGUGAGCCAGGAAAGUACAUGUCUGCCAAAUGCACUGCCACUUCUGAGACUGUGUGCCAGCCUUGCGGCCCAAACGAAUACAUGGAUGUCUGGAAUGAAGAAGACAAAUGUUUACUACACAAAAUAUGUGAUGAGGGGAGAGGUUUAAUAGAAGUGAAUCCAGGAAAUAGGACGUUCCAGCGACAAUGUGCAUGUACACUGGGAUACCACUGUAACGAAGACUGUGAUUUCUGUCGGCGAAAUACAAAAUGUGCUCCAGGGUUUGGUGUUCAGCAUCCUGUGCAACGAGACAAGGAUAUUGUGUGUGCACCAUGCCGCUGGGGGUACUUCUCAGACAUCUCUUCAUCCACUGAUGAAUGUAAAUCCUGGACCAACUGCACAGCUCUGGGAACUGCAGAAGGAGUUCCUGGGACUGAUCGGUCAGAUGCAGUUUGUUUGGAGCCGACAAUGUCUGUACAACCACAAGAUGAAACAAACAAGAUCUUGUAUGUUCUGAGUGUUCCAGUCCUCUUUGUGAUAUUGACCAGCAUUAUCAUACUUAUUAUAUAUUACAAAAAUAAGGGGAAAGCACUGACAGCAGACCUACAGAACUGGGCUAAUGAAGUAUGCAGCCAAAUAAAAGGGACGAAGGAAUCCCCCAGAGAGCCAUUUGUUAAUUCAAACAUGGUGAACGCUGCAAGUCCUCAGCCUUCUGAAGGAAUAUAUUUGCUAGCCCUUGAUGACUAUAUUUUUUCUGAAGACAUGGGUUGCCCAAAGGGGCACACUCGCUAUGGGAAAGGCAGCCCAGACACAAUCCACUAUGAACUGGGAGAGAACAUCCCAACAUUGUCUUUAGCAACAGAGUCUGAGGAUGACCACUUCAGGCAGAUUCCCAUGGAAGACGAAUAUGUAGAUAGAGCUCCCCAUGCCCAUGGUUAUUUACCUUUACUGAGUCGGCCUGACAGUAAAUCCGUGUCACCAUUUUCAGAGCCACUGGAGGUGGGGGAGAAUGAUAGCUUAAGUCAGUGCUUCACAGGAACUGAAAGCAUGGUGGAUUUAACAGGCUGCUAUAGCUCUGAUCCUUCAUGCAGCCUGGACUGCAUCCAUGUCUCCUCAGACAAAUACCUACAGAAAUCUUGCCAUUGCACCUGUAGUCGUAUGAAGGAGACAGAGAGAAAGGACACAGAUCACUUCCCAGUGAACCCUGAGUCAGUGAACAACUGCGUGGGCUGUGGGGUUUCAUCUAGGGAAUCUCCUAGGAAGUGGAGCGAACCCCUUUGUGCAGCAGUUGACCAUACCACAGCCUCAGCGGAAAAUGGACUUUAUCCACAGUGCACCUGUGGCUUGGACUUUCCCUCUGCAGGUCAGAGUACUUUAGCAAGCAAUCCUGGCAUUGAAGAUACUCCCUCUGAAGGUACUGGCACAAAGUACCAGAAAACAAACGGAGGCACUUCUGGGGCAAAUUGUAGCACUUCAGAACUCCCACAAGCAUCGGGAAAUGUGACUGGAAACAGUAACUCUACGUUUAUAUCAAGUGGACAAGUAAUGAAUUUUAAGGGCGAUAUAAUUGUUGUCUAUGUUAGUCAAAACUCCCAAGAGGGGACAACAGCUACUGGAACAGCUGAUGAGAAUGUGGGGAGUCCAGUGCAAGAGGAAAACCUGAACCGCUGCGAGACUUUUGCAGGCAACACCCAACAAUACAAAGAAAAAUAUGCUGGUGCUAAUCCAGCCUGCCCUGCAGAGAACGAAGGACUAAAUAGCACGGGGGAAUAUGAGCGAAGGCUUGGGCCUGUGGUUCAAGAAGAGAACCAAGACAGCCAGGACAGGAAGUGCUGCCACAGUGGGGCCUUUCAACCUGUGCAAGAGGAGGGAAGGCCAGGACAAUUUUCAGAUAAAGCAUUGCACUGAUGGGAAUCGACAGCUGUUUGCUCACUCUUAGUGUUUGACUGAAACACCAUUAAUUCUGUGGAACUGUAUAGCAGCCAAUGAAUGACAUUAAUGGUCUGCACAGUUGUGUUAGCUGCUCCGAGGCCAGGUUGCCGUGACUGGUUCAUUAGAUCUGAGACCUUUAUUAUUCCUGGUGUCUCUUGGGGACUUCAUCAAAUGGAACCGACAAUUCCACAGUAAAUGCCUGUGAUGCUAUCACUGUGGAAAUUAUUAGUGGAGACAGACACAAGUGUAAAGCUGCUAUCAUUGCAGAAAUAUCUGAUGGGAAGGAAAUCUACUUACCCACAAUUGUACAGGUUGUUCAAGACUUGCUGUCCAUCCCCUUAUCCUUGGGACAUAAAGUGGAAGACUAAUUAA